AACAUCCACUCGAAAGCUAAUCCCACCAAAACAGACUAAGACCCUAGAAUCCAAGGAAGCACAGCACCUUGACCCCCCACCAUACCCAACAAAACCUCUGGUUUUCACAGUUUGAGAUGGAUAAAAGCAUGUUUUCAUUGUGCCCCACUCCUCUUGUGUAAAAUAUAAAGCACAACAUUCACAUAGAUGUGAGUCUCUCCAAAAACAUUCUUCAUCAUAUAAUAUCAUAUGAAAUUGAUUAUUACAAAGCUAACCCUCCCACCACUCUCGAUCAUUUCAAAACUAUUCCCUCUACAAUCUCACUAGCCUCUCCCUUUAUAAACCCCUUUCUCUCAUAGUCUCAUACUUCUCUUCCAAUAAAUACCUUUCACACUUGUGACAUAUCUUCCAAAUAGAGCUUCCACACCACAUAACAGAAAUAUUCAAGUUUCAACCAUGUCUAUUACAGGACUCCCGGAAAAAUCUAAACUUUACAAGAAAUCAUUUCAUCGCAGGAAUGAUUCUGAUGAGCUUGAUGUGUUUGAGGCAUCGAGGUAUUUCUCAGGAUACAAUGAAGCUUUGAGUUAUAAUGGUGCAAAUUAUGCAGAAAAAGUCAUGAGAGAAGAUCAUAGACAUCUUUGGAAAGGAGGAAGAAUGAGCUUAGACUUGCCAAUGAGAAAUCCACUACCUCAGCAGUCAUACACAGUGGAAAAGCAAAUAUCGAAAGAGAAGAAAUAUAAGCAACCAAGCUCUCCCGGGGGUAGACUAGCCAGCUUCUUGAAUUCUCUCUUCAACCAAACCAGCUCUAAAAAGAAGAAAUCAAAGUCUGCCACACAGUUAAUGAAAGAUGAGGAUGAAAGCCCCAGCGGAAGAAGGAAAAGGAGGAGCAGCAUUAGUAAUUUUCGAAGCUCAAGCACCACAGAUGGGAAAUCUUUCUAUUCUUCUUCAAGUUCUGGUUUCAGAACACCUCCUCCUUAUGCAGACACUCCUACAAAGGGCUACAAGGACUUCAGAAGCUGUUCAGAUCAUAAACAAGUUUCCCUGUCAAAACACAAUGGAAAUACGAAAUCUACAGCCUUCCAGAAUGAGGUAUUGGAUGAGAAAAGGAACACAGAUUUAUCGUGGAUGGAUGAGAAACUUAAAUACGAUGAUGGAUUUUCUGAGAAAACCAAGAGCCUUGGUCAUCAAUAUUUAGAGAAAGAUAGGAUUUGGAUUGAUCAGUAUCCACCGGAAGAGAAGGAAUUUAAAAAAUUCAAUGAGGUGGAUGAUGGAGCUGAGAGUGAUUCAAGUUCUGAUUUGUUUGAGUUGCAAAACUAUGACUUGGGCAUCUAUUCAAGUGGUCUGCCUGUGUAUGAGACGACACAUAUGGAUAGCAUCAAAAGGGGAGCACCAAUUUCCAACAGCACCCUUUGAGAAUGUACAUUUUCCCUUGUUGAUGGGUUCUUUCUUGUCAUUACUAUUGGAAGCUGUGAGAAGAACAUUGAUGUCCUAGAUUUUGCAAUUUUUCCUAUGUCUAUGUGCUUUCCAUCUGUUUCUGUGUAUGUACAGUAUGUAAUGUUUAUGUAAUGUUUCUUUGUCUUUAUUUUCUUUCUCUACUUUUUGGUUUCUGGAGCUGGAUUGCGAGAAUAUUAAAAAGUCUACCAUUGGAUUGUCUUGCUUAGAUUGUGGCAUGACCCGUAUUUUUUCACUAUAUUGAUAAGCAAAAGCAUUAUCAACCCAUGUGGAUUACAUCUUUUGACCUUGGACAAGGAGCAAUGAUAGAUUAAACAUUAAUUUCCUCC